CGAGCAGUACUUGUGUUCUAUCUGAGGGACGGAGAAGAAGAAGAACUGAAGAAGUCUCGGACUGCCAAUGUUGCCAACUGUAGGGUAAUUGCCCUACGCAUAGGGUAAUUUGGGCAAAAUCUUGGACGGCAGGGCAAUAUUUUCAAGUGUAGGGUAAUUGUAACAAGGUAAGUUUAGAUCAAUAUGCUUAUUAGUAAUCGCUAUAUUGCAUAUAAACACAAUCUAAAGAUUUAUUUAUUAUCAUAGCCGCAAAAUGUUGGGUCAUUUGCAGUUGUGUAGGGUAAUUUCUCGUCUUCCGUAGGGGCCGUAGGGUUAGAGGGGUUGGCAUCACUGUCGGCAGUGAACUGUGAGUGAGCGUUGCUGAGCUGAUGAGCACCAUCAAGCUGCCCGCCCGCCAAGCUAGUUCUUGUCUGCUGUGCAAGUGUUGUUUGAAAUUUUGGCUUAUCUACGCGUCGCCUACUCCUAGGUGCUAUAAAGUACUAUGCACCGCAUGGUUUGGUAAAAUGUGAUCUUGCAGACAAACCGACCUAGAGACACACGAACACGCACACACAACCUGCGUUAAAGAUAAGGAGGGGAAACGCUUAUCUGCCUUCAUUUCGUUUCGAGUCUGGGACUCAGUUGCUGUCCUGGAGCAUUCCUAGUACUACUUCCGGGAUAAUAAUGGACAAGAGUGACGAAAAGCCAAAAGACUGGAAGGUGAGUUCUGUACUCUCGGUUGGUCUACCAGAUGAUAAACAACACCAUCCAGCGGAAGAACAAAAAGAUGAGACUGCAGAAGAUCGUGGCUGGACUGAUCGGCACACGCUUGUCUUGAUGACUUUAAUGGGCCAAUGCAUGGCUUUUAUGAUCAGAGGAAGUCUCUCCGUCGCAAUCGUUGCAAUGGUGUCCUCUAAUUCCAGUUCGACUCACGGUCACGGGGCUGAGAAUCACGUCGAUGUUUGUCCAGUGCCGCCUUGUGCCAACUGUACCCUCGGUCUAGAAAAGGAAGGCGAAUUCGACUGGGAUGAACAGCUGCAAGGCUUGGUGCUCGGGGCGCACUUCUACGGAUACUUGUCGUCGUGUUUUGUCGCAGGACUGGUGGUGGAUCACUUCGGCGGGCGCCUCAUGUACGGCGUCAGUAACUUGGGAAUGUCGAUCCUCAGUGUGCUGGCUCCCGUCUCAGUUCGCACGUCUGUUUGGCUGUUGAUCACCAACAAAGUUCUCAGCGGUUUGAUCCAGAGCCCUCUGUACCCUGCUCUCAACUCCUUGAUGCUGUCCAGGAUACCGCCACACCUCAGGACUAAAUACUACUCCAUUACCGUAGCUGGCGAUACGUUGGGAAACGUCUUCUCAAUGGCUCUUGGAGGAGUCUUGGCUAGUUCCAGCUUUCUGGGAGGCUGGCCGUCGGUAUUCUACGUCUUCGGGGUAGCAGGGAUUCUCUGGGGCGUUAUGUGGUUCUCACUGAUUAAGGAAGAUCCAAAGAACGUAGCUCCAGGAAUGACUGCCGAUGCUCGAAAUAGAAAUAUGUUAAAAGACAUCGACUUCAAGCGUGUCCUGACUUCUCUCCCCUUUUGGGCGCUCGUGUCGUUCCACAUAGGAGACAACUUUGGCUACUACUUGCUGUCUUCGGAGAUGCCUACCUACCUGAGCAACAUCCAGCAUCUUGACCUUAACAAGAAUGGGUUGCUAUCAUCUUUGCCUUACACAUUGCAAUCAUCCUUCAGCAUGGUAUGGGGAAUCUUUAUCAGUGGACUGACUAUUUCUGGAAGGAUUUCAGUUCUGACUGCUCGCAGAAUUUCUUCAGCAGUAGGAAUGUACGGUGCUGGCUUGGCACUAGUAGUAAUGUGUUUCGUCAAUUGCAAUGUACCACUGGCGGUUGGAGUCUUGUGCAUAGCAGUGGGCAUCACUGGAGCCUCCAAUAGCGGGGGUCAUGUGGGAGAGCAGGAUAUAUGUCCUCAAUCGCUAGUGGGAGUCAUCACAGGAAUGGGUUGCAUGGCCUCGGCUGCUACCGGAUUCUUAGCUCCUCUGGUCACAGGGAGCAUCAUAAUGGGAAACGAAACCUUACCAGCAUGGCGAACGGCGUUCCUUAUAGCAGCUGGAGUGUAUUUCAUAACUGGAACGUUUUACCAGACUUUUGUAACUGACAAGGUUCAGCCGUGGAUUAAAAUCAAGGAAAAUGCAGAAAGCAGCAAGUCCUAGAAGCCACUGCGUAAUGGAACUGAAUAGGGAAGACUGACAGAUUCCCCAAGACAAUUCAACAGCCGAAUAUGGGUUAACUUUUCCUUUAUAUCCCCAGCAAGGAGACAAAAUAAUUGCACGUUUUUAUGCUGUAGUCUUUGUAAGAAAGGCUUACUUACCCUUUCACCAGUAACAGUUGCUAACAUUUAAGUAAUCAUUGAUAGAAUAACGAUAAAAAUGAAUUAAAUCAGUUUACAUGUGAUCUGUUGCACAGUUCGUACUAACCUACUAUAGCCUACAUUUGUUAUGAAGUCAGAUCACAUUUAUCAGCAAUAUUAUCA